CCUUUCUACCGCACGAGGAGUCCCGCAUGCCUCUGUGCCCUCAGUUUAGCUUCACUUUUUUCUGUUUACUUUGAUCAAAACUAACAACUUUCAGGAUGGACAUCGAAAAAAAUCCCGCCACGGACUCUGGGGCAGUUGCCGAAAGUAAAGACGACACCGAUUCGUUCACAGUAGUCAAGUCUAAGAAGACUCAGAAAAGAAAACACGAAGAAGAUGGAGCGGGUAUGGACACACAGGAGCCCGUGGCGAGCAAAAGGCCGCAAUUUCCCCCGAUUUCGGGAGAUCAGCUACGGGGACCAGACGAGAUGCGUAAGAUUCCCGUUCCCGCUCACAGAUACCCGCUGAAGGAAAACUGGCUGAAGAUCUUCACUCCCAUCGUAGAGAACCUUCAGCUUCAAGUGCGAUUCAACCUCAAAACCAGGAAUGUUGAAAUCAAAACGUGUAAAGAAACGCAGGACAUCGGUUCGCUCACAAAAGCGUCGGAUUUUGUCAAAGCGUUUGUUUUAGGAUUCCAGGUUGAGGACGCGCUGGCUCUCAUCAGGCUGGACGAGCUCUUCCUCGAAACCUUCGAUAUCACAGACGUGAAACCUCUGAAGGGCGAUCACUUAUCACGGGCCAUCGGCAGGAUCGCGGGAAAGGGAGGGAAAACCAAAUUCACCAUCGAAAAUGUCACCAAGACUCGGAUCGUGCUGGCAGACACAAAAGUUCACAUCUUAGGAUCAUUCCAGAAUAUCAAGAUGGCCCGGACAGCAAUAUGUAACCUGAUCUUAGGAAGCCCACCUUCAAAGGUCUACGGCAACAUCAGAGUGGUGGCAAGUCGGACGGCCGAGAGAUUCUGAAGUCUGAUUGGCUGCUGUGUGGAUGAAAUCACUUCCCUUCGUCGAUAUUGACGAGAUUGUUGACUGGAUAUGGACUGAUCCGUGAAUGAUGGGAACUGCUCGAGAGAUGGAUUUGUGUAUAUUAAAGUAUGCUAAACUAUU